CUCAGCUCCAUCAUCACAGCCAUUUUGUGCUUCUGCUCUCUCCACCCUCUCCUCCCUCCUCCCUCCCUUCUUCCUCCUGAGCCCACCCCGUUUCCUAACGCACCACUGAGUACCAGGACCUUGCAGACACACACACACACACACACAGUGACGCUGUGGCUGGAGGCUGAUGUGCUGAUCCAGGGAGAGGCUGAGACCCUGCACACAUACACACGCACACACAGAGUGAGAAAAACAAGGCAGACGAGGACGACAGGCUCAAUGGAAUAACAUCCAACGCCAGAAGGCUCCCCGGGACUUUCACCAUUACGGAGAUUGGGUGGAUCUCGGCCUGUGUUUCUCCUCCAGCUGUAACUCUUCUCGUCUCUCAUCAUGGCCGGAGCGUCGGUGAAAGUGGCCGUCAGGGUUCGACCCUUCAACACCAGAGAGAUCAACAAAGAGAGCAAGUGUAUUAUUCAGAUGUCGGGGAACACCACCACGAUCAUCAACCCCAAACAGCCGAAGGAGAACAAGAGCUUCAACUUUGACUAUUCUUACUGGUCUCACACAUCGCCCGAAGAUGUGAACUUCGCUUGCCAGAAACAAGUCUACAAGGACAUCGGAGAGGAAAUGCUGCUUCACGCAUUCGAAGGCUACAACGUCUGCAUCUUCGCAUAUGGCCAAACCGGUGCGGGAAAAUCCUACACCAUGAUGGGCAAACAGGAGAAAGACCAACAGGGCAUAAUACCUCUGAUGUGUGAAGACCUUUUCACCAAGAUCAAUGACAACGGAGACAACAACAUGUCCUACUCUGUGGAGGUCAGUUAUAUGGAGAUCUACUGUGAGCGAGUGAGAGAUCUGCUUAACCCCAAGAAUAAAGGAAACCUACGUGUGAGAGAGCAUCCACUCAUGGGGCCGUAUGUGGAAGAUCUGUCCAAAAUGGCCGUCACGUCCUACAAUGACAUCCAGGACCUGAUGGACUCGGGCAACAAAGCCAGAACUGUAGCAGCGACGAACAUGAACGAGACGAGCAGUCGCUCUCAUGCCGUCUUUAACAUCAUCUUCACACAGAAGCGCCACGACAGUGACACGGACAACACCUCCGAAAAGGUCAGCAAAAUCAGUUUGGUGGACUUGGCAGGCAGCGAGAGAGCCGACUCGACCGGAGCCAAAGGCACCAGACUGAAGGAAGGAGCAAACAUUAAUAAAUCCCUGACCACGCUCGGAAAAGUGAUUUCUGCUUUAGCUGAAGUGGAUUCGUUACCGAACAAGAACAAGAAGAAGAAGAAGGUGGAAAGCUUUAUCCCGUACAGAGACUCUGUACUCACCUGGCUGCUCAGGGAGAACCUCGGGGGAAACUCACGGACUGCCAUGGUAGCGGCUCUGAGUCCUGCAGAUAUUAACUACGACGAGACUCUCAGCACUCUCAGAUACGCUGACCGUGCGAAACAGAUUCGUUGUAAUGCUGUCAUUAACGAAGACCCCAACAACCGCUUGGUGCGUGAGCUGAAGGAGGAAGUGGCUCGUCUGAAGGACUUGCUGUACGCCCAAGGCCUAGGUGAUAUCAUCGAGAACUUGUCCAACUACAACGCUAACUCGAAUAGUGUCUGGGCUGUCAAUCAAAGCCGUGAUCUCUUCACAGUGACCAAUGCGAUGACAGGGAUGAGUCCUUCUCCCUCUCUUUCGGCUCUCUCCAGCCGAGCCGGAUCCAUCAGCAACUUACACGACCGGAUCAUAUUCACCCCUGGCAGUGAGGAAGCCAUUGAGAGGCUCAAGGAAACAGAGAAGAUCAUUGCGGAGCUCAAUGAGACAUGGGAGGAGAAACUAAGGCGAACUGAGGCCAUCAGGAUGGAGAGGGAGGCUCUUCUGGCUGAAAUGGGCGUGGCCAUGAGGGAAGAUGGAGGCACUGUCGGAGUGUUUUCACCAAAAAAGACACCUCAUCUGGUCAAUCUGAACGAAGACCCACUGAUGUCUGAGUGUUUACUGUACUACAUCAAAGACGGGAUCACCAAGGUUGGCCGUGACGAUGCUAGCUGUAGGCAAGACAUUGUCCUGAGUGGACACUUCAUUAAAGAAGAGCACUGCAGCUUUACAAGCAGCACUGGACCUUCGGGAGAGGGAGUGGUGGUCCUGGAGCCAUGUGAGGACGCAGAGAUAUAUGUCAAUGGCAAGAGAGUGACUGAGCUCACAGUUCUUAGAUCAGGGAACCGUAUCAUCAUGGGAAAGAGCCACGUUUUCAGAUUUAACGACCCAGAGCAGGCGAGGCAGGAACGGGAGAGGACACCAUGCGCCGAGACACCCAUGGAGCCCGUGGACUGGGCCUUUGCUCAGCGAGAGCUUCUGGAAAAACAGGGCAUAGACAUGAAACAGGAGAUGGAGCAAAGACUACAGGAGCUGGAGGAUCAGUACCGCAGGGAGCGGGAGGAGGCGAGCAACCUUCUGGAGCAGCAGAGACUAGACUAUGAGAGUAAGCUGGAGGCUCUUCAGAGGCAGGUGGACUCACGGUAUUACCCAGAAACCACAGAAGAGGAAGAGGAACUGGAAGAGGAAGUGCCAUGGACACAGCGGGACAUUGAGCUGGCACUCUGGGCAUUCCGGAAAUGGCGCUUUUACCAGUUUACCUCACUGCGGGACUUACUGUGGGGAAAUGCCAUUUUUCUCAAGGAGGCCAAUGCCAUUAGUGUGGAGCUCAAAAAGAAGGUUCAGUUCCAGUUUGUUUUACUGACGGACACACUUUACUCUCCGCUCCCUCCUGACCUCCUGCCUCCUAGCGUGGCUAAAGACCGUGAGAAGAGACCUUUCCCUCGCACUAUUGUAGCUGUGGAGGUGCAGGACCAGAAGAAUGGAGCCACUCACUACUGGACCUUAGAAAAAUUAAGACAGAGGCUGGACCUGAUGAGAGAGAUGUACGAUCGAGCAGCUGAUAUUCCCAGUAGCACCGUGGAGGACUGUGACCAUGCCCUGACUGGCGGGGACCCCUUUUAUGACCGCUUCCCCUGGUUCCGCCUUGUUGGGAGCACUCCCAUUCUGAAAACGUGCAUGAGCGAGCGCAUGAGAGACCCCUCCCCCUCCCCCACCCUCUCCGAGCCCGACUCGGAUGUAACCGAGCUCGCAGACGAGCAGCAUUAUGGGAAGGAGGAGGAGGAGGCUGAGUCAGAGGACCUGGACGAUGAGAUGAGUGUGGAGGAGGGCCGUCAGUGCCGAGGCCAGGACCCAUUUUACGACCGCUGGCCUCUGUUCUGUUUAGUGGGAAGGGCGUUUGUGUACCUGAGUAACCUGCUGUACCCUGUCCCUCUGGUGCACCGUGUGGCCAUCGUGAGCGAGAAAGGCGAGGUGAAGGGCUUCCUCCGGGUCGCGGUGCAGGCCGUCUCAGCUGACGAAGAAGCUCCGGAUUACGGCUCGGGCGUCAGACAGUCAGGAACGGCUAAGAUCUCGUUCGAGGAUCAGCAGUUCGAGAAGUUUCAGACGGAUUCGUGUUCGGGGGGAAUGUCACACUCCAACACGUCUCAGGAGGAACUGCGCAUCGUAGAGGGAGAAGGACAAAACGCCGAGACGCUGAGUCUCUCAGCCGACGAGGUCAACAACAACACCUGCAGCAUCUCACCUGAUGUUCCUGGCAGUCCUCAGAAGGAAGGUGUGGAGGUCAGAGGUGAAGCCAUACAGGAACAAACACUUUCACACCUGAAGAUCGGAAGCAGCUUCACCUUCAGAGUCACCGUCCUGCAGGCCUCCAGCAUCUCCGCCGAGUACGCCGACAUCUUCUGCCAGUUCAACUUCAUCCACCGGCAUGAUGAGGCGUUCUCCACAGAGCCACUGAAGAACACGGGCCGCGGACCGCCGCUGGGCUUCUACCAUGUCCAGAACAUCACGGUGGAUGUGACCAAGUCGUUCGUGGAGUACAUAAAGACUCAGCCCAUAGUGUUCGAGGUGUUCGGACAUUAUCAGAAACAGCCAUUUCCUCCUCUGUGUAAAGACCUCAUCAGUCCUCUGCGUCCAUCAAGACGUCAGUUCCCGCGUGUCAUGCCUUUAUCUAAACCAGUUCCAGCGACUAAGCUGAGUGCGAUGGCUCGCUCCUCAGCCGGUCCGUGUCACUGUAAAUACGACCUGAUGGUUUUCUUUGAGAUCUGUGAGCUGGAGGCGAACGGCGAUUACAUCCCGGCUGUAGUCGAUCACAGAGUGGGAAUGCCCUGCCACGGAACGUUCCUGCUGCACCAGGGCAUCCAGAGGAGAAUCCGAGUGACUAUAGCUUACGAGACAGGAAAUGACAUCGAAUGGAAGGAAGUGAAGGAGCUGGUUAUCGGUCGAAUCCGUAACACACCUGAAGCUGACGAGACCAUCAUUGACCCCAACAUCUUGUCCCUCAACAUCCUCUCCUCCAGCUACAUUAAACCUUCUUAUGAUGACAGCGUUUCCUUGGGAAUCGAUCAUAGGACGUUUUAUCGCUUCGAGGCGGCGUGGGACAGCUCCAUGCACAACUCCCUGCUCCUGAACCGGGUCACUCCAUACGGAGAGAAAAUCUACAUCACGCUCUCAGCGUACCUGGCGAUGGAGCACUGCACCCAGCCUACAGUCAUCACCAAAGACUUCUGCAUGGUUUUCUACUCCAGAGAUGCGAAACUUCCUGCCUCGCGCUCCAUCAGGAACCUGUUCAGCACCGGAGCUUUCAGGCCUUUAGAGAGCAAUCGUGUGACCGGAGUGUAUGAGCUCAGUCUGUGCCAUCUGGCAGAUGUUGGAAGUCCAGGAAUGCAGAGGAGGCGUCGGCGUGUGUUGGACACAUCGGUGGCGUAUGUUCGUGGUGAGGAGAACCUCGCUGGCUGGAGGCCUCGCAGUGACAGUCUCAUUCUGGACCAUCAGUGGGAGCUGGAGAAGCUCAGUCUCCUGCAGGAGGUGGAGAAGACAAGGCACUACCUGCUGUUGAGAGAGAAACUUGAAGCGUCUGUUCUGCUGAGUCCGGAGUCUUUGUGCAGUAAAGACCUGAUGGAGUCGCCUAAAUCCCUGAGUCCCAAUCUGGCAGGCAGCCCCAUACUGGAUUCAACCAAUGAGAGACAGAGGGAGCUGGCUGCCAAGUGUCUGCGACUGCUCAUGCACACCUUUGACAGGCAGUACAGCCAGGUGAGCAGCAGUGCCAGUGAGAGCAAGCUAUCGGAGAUGUCUGCGUCUCUGCUAAGAGACACGUCCUCCUCCGCUCUGAGUUCUCUCACUCCCUCCACUACCUGUCCUUCUCUGGUGGACGGUCACUACGGAAACCUCGACCUCAGUGUUGCAGAGACUCACUCUGGAGCAUCCAGUCCAGAUUUGGACCCGUUCAGUCCUGAGGAGAGGAAACCUCGAACCUGCACAUUUGUCCCCAACAUCCAGGAAAUCCGAGUCAGCCCCAUCGUGUCUAAGAAAGGGUACCUGAACUUCCUGGAGCCUCACACCAGCGGCUGGGUGAAGCGUUACCUGGUGGUGCGGCGUCCAUACGUCUAUCUGUACCGCAGUGAGAGAGACAGCGUGGAGAGAGCUGUCAUUAACCUGUCGUCCGCCCAGGUGGAGUACAGUGAGGAGCAGCACGGCCUCCUGAGGACCCCCAAUGCGUUUGCGGUGGUCACUGAGCAUCGUGGAAUCCUCCUGCAGGCCGGCAAUGAAAAAGAAAUGCAUGACUGGCUUUAUGCCUUCAACCCACUGCUGGCUGGAACCAUCAGGUCGAAACUCUCCAGGACGAAAUCCACACAGAUGAGGAUGUGAACACAGCAGUGCUGGUCCUCUGUCUGAGAUUAAACACAGAAACUCAACACACUCCUGUGGUGUAAAUACUGGUGUGAAGAUAAUACUAGCCUGUGCCUGCCUGCCUCCCUCUCUACUGCCCCCUGCUUGUGUGUGCGUAAGAGAGAUAGUGUGACAGAGUGUGUGUGAGUGAACGUGUGUGUGUGUGUGUGUGUGUGUGUGUGUGUCAUUAGCAAAAGUCCUAAGUACUGUAACUCACCAUAAGCUUGUUAGUGAUAAUUAUGAUAAAAAAAUCAGCACCAUACAAAACGCCUCCGUUUUAAAAUGUAAAGACUUUAGCCGCUGUAAAUGCGACACAAUGCUGCAUAUGUGUGUGUGUGUGUGUGUGUGUGUGUGUGUGUGUGUGUGUGUGUGUGUGUGUAUGAGUGCACUCUUCUUUAGAUUAGACAUGUUGCUCCUUGUGCUUUUCCUGAGACCAUAAAGAAGUGAGUUCUUGUGAUCAGUGAGGGAGUUUAUUUAUUUGGUUACAGAAACAAUUGAACUCAACAACACGAAAAAUAUGAAAAAAUGUAUAAAGGUAUUUCAGGCCCUGGGUUUGUGACUCAUCUUUUCUCAUUCCCUUAUUAAAUACAUUUAAAAAGCACUCUGUUUUUAUUGGAUCUGUAACUCGGACACAAGCCAUGUCUCAUCACGGCAUAAAGUAAAUAGAAAUAGAAUAAAUAGAAUAAAUAUAUGAAUAUCAAGUUAGGGUGUGGUUCUGAUAUCUAAAUUCAUAAAUUCCAUUAAUUUCAGGAAUUCGGGUUUUCUUUAAUUGUGUCACCUUCGAGACAACGUACAGAAGGUUCCGGGUUGUUUCAAAUUUAAGUUAUGUCUUUUGUCCGCGAUUAACGUUAAAUGUUUAACCUACUUAUAUCGUGUGGUAUAUUAUGCGCAUGUGGUAAAGUUAUACGAUCCGUGAAAUCAUACAGAAUCUGAAAAUCGCUCGUCUUUUCACAUUUACGAAAGUAAACAUACGCAAAUCGGCUGCUAAUGAUGGAGUUUGUAAAAAAAAAACCUCUAUGUGUCCGUUUAAUCCUGCAUGAAUACAGCUUUCUGUUACAGUCGCCGACUUGGACAAGAUUGGUCUGGAAAAAAAAGGCUCACAACCAAAUGAACAGAGCGUGCUUGUUUAAAUCGAGCCUGAAUUCAAUAUUUAUAUAUAUUAAGGUUUGUUAACCGCUUAAAUUUUUUUUUAUUAAAUUGCGGAAAAAUUCCGAGUGCCAAAACAUUUGACAAUUAUUUAAGAAGGGAAAGAGAAAAAUGCAAAACGAUAUAAUACAAUACAUAAAAUCUAUACAGUAUCUUGACUAUCAGAGUUAUAAAAGGUCUAACAUUUGAUUAUAUUUAUUAAUAAGUAGAUUUUAUUAACAUUCUCCCCUCACAUUACGUCAAGUGUCGGAUUUAUUUACAAAGCCUCGUAUGUUUCGAAACUUCUUUAUCGACAUAUUCAUCUUUCACUUCACAUUGAAGAUGAGUUCGGAUCCUUUAUUUCAGCUCGAUGUCUUGUUCUGAAUCUUUCUGUCUUACCGAUGUUCUAGUUUUCACGUUUAAUCGCUAAAAUCGACGAUCGUCAGCGCACGAGUCUGACUUCAGGGGUGAGAUGUGGAGAUCGGAUUAGAAAUAGAUUUAUUAUAUUACACCUCAUAUGAUUUACAAAUUCAUAACUGAUAGAUCACAAAAAACUCUCCUGAUGAAAAAAAAUCACUUCUAAUAUGUUUUAACUUAUUUCUGAUGGUGUGUAAUGGCAGUUUAAUAGAAUGUCACAUUUCUAAUAGUUCUUUUUAUUACUUUUAUUAUAUAUUCUGGUGCUGACCUCAGUGAACAGUGAGAGAAUUUUCUGUUGGUGAUAUUUGGACAGAAAACUGCAAACAGAAGCCUUUAGGAAGCUGAUGGAAGCUGAUACUGAUUACGAUUAUGUACUGGAAACCAGUAGAGAUUUUCCAAAAGGACUGUAAUCAUGUUUUCAGUGGGGUUUUAUGUGGAAGUGGAUGAAUUUAAAUUCUUUCUAGAGUUUAACCUUUAAAUAUGUCAUUAUUAAGUAGUUACGGUUCAGAGAUGCCGUAGUGCUGGAAGC